AUGCCGAAACGGACCCUCUUUACCAACAUUACCCCUCUACCACCCCAGGUGUCCCGCGAGGUUGCGAUCGCCAUGCUUCACAACCAUGACGAAAUGAUUGAGCUGAAUCCUUUGGUGAUUGAGCAUCAUCCUAUUAAGACACCCCGAGAUGCUCCAGCCGACGAGUUUCUAGAUUGUGUUUGGCAAGAACUGACCGACAAGAUCAACUACGGCGUUGCAAAGGGAAAAGUCAGCUAUAAGGCGUGUUUUCACGAUACGCCAAAUGGGUUGCAAACACACAUCUACGCUCCACUGGGACUGGACAUCCGAGAAAAAUGGUCCAUCGGUGGUUCGUUGCCUGGCGAGGCACCUGAGGCAAGAGAGCUAGGGGUCGAAACUCCUCGCCAGGGGCUCUACAUUCGCGAAGAUGGCGACAUGAGGUGCAAUCGCAUGUUGACCUCCUUUGUGAGAAAGAAUCUCGACAAUGCCCACAAGGUACUGGUCGAGCGAAUCCUCAAGAAAGCCGAAAUGGUAGAAGAGCAUGUACAAGCGAUAUCGGCAUACCCUACCUCUCCUGGCCCUCAAGCCACUCGAUUUCAACCCGGCUCGCACAUGGCCAAAUCGGCACUGCUCAACAACGAAUACCAACGCCCACUCUCCCCCCAAAUGCUAUCACCCCAACAGGAUUACGGCUGGCAGAACAUGGCCAACCAUCCUGCCUUCCGAAGCCAGACCGACGAAAAGUCUGGCUACCACCAAGGGCAACGGCCAAUGAGCACCGCAACUCUUCCACAAUACCAAGGCCAGGACCAACGGAUGAAUUACUACGCACACCUGCAAGCACAGCAGCAGCAGCCGCAGCCGCAGCAGCACAUGGCCGCACCGAAGCAAUUUGUUGCCGAACUUCCCGGCUCAACAUACCACACAGGACAUCAUUUCGCGGCGACGCCGGGACAGCCCACGCCUCCGCCGUCCGAUUACCGCAUGAGCAUGGUCUCUGAGCUGUCAGGAGGUUCAGGAGACCCCACGCCUCGCGGAUCACCCAACACCCAGGCCAUGGGUACCAACUACUCCGACCGGUCGAGCAUGAUCUCCGAGCUUCCCAUGCCUCACCAACAGCAGCAACAACAACAACAACAGCAACAACAACACCAUGCCUAUAGAUACAACAACCCGAAUGAUCUAGGGCACGACACGGUCGCCCAGUCCGCAGUAUCCCCGAAUCCUUUAGACCGCUACAGCAUGGUUUCCGAAUUGCCCUCAGAUCAGUUGCAGCAGCUGAGGAAUUCAUGA